AUGCUCCUCUCCGCCGCCGCGGCAGCAGCCCUCUGCUGGCAAACUGCCUCCGCAGCACAACCCGGCGCGGCCCCGGCCGUCGCCGCCCCGAUGCGCGACCUGACCUGGGGCCAGCUCAACUUCCUCCACACGACCGACACCCACGGCUGGCACGGCGGCCACCUCCUCGAGCCCCAGUACUCCGCCGACUGGGGCGACUACGUCUCCUUCGCCUCCCACAUGCGCCGCAAGGCCGACGAGCAGGGCGCCGACCUCCUCGUAAUCGACACCGGCGACCGCGUCGAGGGCAACGGCCUCUACGACGCCUCCGCUCCCAAGGGCCUCUUCACCUACGACGUCUUCCGCGAGCAGACCGUCGACCUCAUCUGCACGGGCAACCACGAGCUGUACAUGGCCGACGCCGCCCAGCGCGAGCACGACAUCACCGUGCCGAACUACAAGGAGAACUACAUCGCUUCCAAUCUAGACUACAUCGACCCCAAGACGGGCGAGAGGGUGCCGCAGGCCCAGCGCUUCCGCCGGUUGAAGACAAAGAACCAGGGGCUCGACAUCAUCGCACUGGGCUUCCUGUUCGACUUCACCGGCAACGCGAACAACACCGUGGUCCAGCCGGUCGAGGACACGCUGAAGGAGGAGUGGUUCAAGAAGCUGAUUAGUGAGGAGAAGCCCGAUCUCUUCGUCGUCAUCGGGCACGUUGGUCUGCGAAUGCCCGAGUUCAAGAAGAUCUUCACCGCCAUCCGCAAGGAGAACUGGAAUGCACCGAUCGCCUUCUUCGGCGGCCACGCACACGUCCGCGACGCCCUCACGUUCGACAAGGACGCAUUUGCGAUGGCGAGUGGACGGUACUUCGAGACGAUUGGGUGGAUGUCGAUUGACAACAUCAAGAAAGCCAAGUCUACCGACGAGGUUUCUACCGCGGCCGUUUCGUGGUCGAGGAAGUACAUCGACAACAACCUGUUCGGUCUACACCACCACACCGGCCUCAACGAGACGACCUUCCCGACCGAGCACGGAAAGAACGUCACCAAGAUGAUCGAGAAGGCCCGCAAGGCGCUCGACCUGGACUACAAGUACGGCUGCGCGCCGAAAGACCUAUGGAUGAACCGCGCCGAGUACCCCAGCGACAACAGUAUCUACACCUGGCUUGAGAAGGAGGUGCUUCCGAAGGUCAUCCACAACAAGGACAGAAAGGAUGUACCCCGCCUGGCGAUCGUCAACACGGGCGGCAUCCGCUUCGACAUCUUCAAGGGGGCCUUCACCAAGGACAGCACAUUCAUUGUGUCACCCUUCACCAGCGCCUUCAAGUACAUCCCUGACGUCCCCUACCCCGUAGCGAAGAAGGUUCUCGAGCUGCUCAACUCGGCCGGCAAGAUCUUCGAAGCGGAGGCGACGCACGACGCGCGCUUCAUGAGCAUCCCCGAGAUGAUGUACCCCAAGGACGACAUCAUGAUGACCAAGGCCGAGGCCGAGGAGGCCGAGGAGCCCCGCCGCCUCGAGCUCCGUUCCGAACAACACCGCCUGGCGGGCGAGGAUAAGUCCAAGCCUGACCUCGUCAGCGGGUACACCACCAAGGACGACAUCGGCACCGACGGCGACGACACGGAGCACGCGCCCCUCACCUUCUACCCCGUCCCCAACUGCAUCCAGACCGCGAUCGACUUCCCCAAGGAGGGCGAGCCGGAAAAGGUCGACCUCGUCUUCAUCGACUUCAUCCUGCAGUGGGUCAUCGUCGCCCUCAAGUUCAGCGGGGGCGACUACAGCGACAAGGACGUGCUCACGUACUCCGACGAGACCCUCACGUACAAGAUGGGCGAGUGGAUCAAGGAGAACUGGAAGGGCGAGUGCUGA